GGCGCCCGCCGGGAUGGUCUCGGCCCUGGCGCCUGCCGCCCCGCGCCAGCAGGACCGGGGGGCCGGGCUCCGCGCUGCUCUCUGAGCCGCCGGGGGCCCGGCGCUGAGAUUACAUCAGAUAUGACCAUGGGCAUCUUAGAAGCCUGAAGGAAGGGCAUGAUGUCAGAAUAACGCACUCAACAUUUGUGAGGGCAAGUCCAGAAAAUCAUGCAGUCAUCAGGGCACAGAUUCCGGGACAUUGAGCACCAUCCCCUCCUUGCUGAAAAUGACAGCUAUGAUUCUUCUUCAUCGGAAGCUGAUAUGGCAGACAGGGUUUGGUUCAUCCGUGAUGGCUGUGGCAUGGUCUGUGCUGUGAUGACAUGGUUUCUGGUUGUCUAUGCAGACUUUGUAGUGACUUUUGUCAUGUUGCUGCCUUCCAAAGACUUUUGGUAUUCUGUGAUCAAUGGUGUUCUUUUUAACUGUUUGGCAGUGCUAGCUCUGUCCUCUCAUCUGAGAACUAUGCUAACUGAUCCUGGGGCUGUACCAAAAGGAAAUGCCACUAAAGAAUAUAUGGAGAGUUUGCAGCUGAAACCGGGGGAAGUGAUCUACAAAUGUCCAAAAUGCUGUAGUAUCAAACCAGAGCGGGCACAUCAUUGCAGUAUUUGCAAGCGAUGUAUUCGAAAGAUGGAUCAUCACUGCCCAUGGGUGAAUAAUUGUGUAGGAGAGAAAAACCAGAGGUUUUUUGUGCUGUUUACGAUGUAUAUAGCCCUAAUUUCAGCUCAUGCACUCAUUCUGUGUGGGUUUCAGUUUUUCUCUUGUGUCCGAGGACAGUGGACUGAAUGCAGUGACUUCUCCCCACCUGUAACUGUGAUCCUGAUGGUCUUUUUGUGCCUUGAGGGUUUUCUGUUUCUCACUUUCACUGCUGUUAUGUUUGGCACCCAAAUCCACUCAAUAUGCAAUGAUGAAACGGAGAUUGAGAGGCUUAAAAGUGAAAAGCCAACAUGGGAGAGGAGGCUACGCUGGGAAGGGAUGAAAUCUGUCUUUGGGGGCCAACCUUCAGUCCUGUGGAUCAAUCCUUUUGCAGGAUUUCGAAUCAGGCAACUUUUGCUGAGAGCAAAGAAAGGGGGACCUGAGUUUUCUGUGUGAGCCUGCCUAAUCAUACUUGAACUUGCAAGAAUACUAUAUAAAUAUUUAUUUGAGGCCAGAAAUGGCUGUCUGCAUAUAAUCUGUGACCAACUGAAACAAACAAGACAUUUGCUUGUAGCAAGCAGAGUUUUAUAGUCACAGACAUCUCAUUAACUUUCAGAAACGUAAACUGGAUGCUGUAGCGAUCUUUCAGCAGGAUAACAAAAGGUGUGUAACCACACUAAAGAAGCCAAAAUGUCGUCAUACUACUGUAACUUAUUGUUUAAUGAGAUUAAUUUUGCGUUUUUGUUGAACUGUUUAUUUGAUAAAUGUUUUGGGAAUUACCUGAGUGUUUUAUGCAAUUAUGAGCCCAGGUGCAGUUGUCAAUCAUGAGAUCAGGUAGUUAAGUUGGAAGCCCAUUUUAAAUGGCAUCAAGCUUUCUAAAUCCAUUUGUUUUCAGGGAAUAAUGACUUAGUCAAUCCUUUAAUUUUAUUUAUAUUUUCAUUUGUCCUGAUAGUCAAAAUUAUACUGUUAUGUCCCACUUCAGACAUGCAGUCCUUGCAUACUAGUAAUUCGAGAUUUGUGCGCGUGGUAACAUAAACGUCAGAUGCACUCCUCCAGCCCUGCCAAAUGUCUUCUGUGAUUCACAAUAGCAUGUCUUGUAUUUGGCAGCAUUAAUCUUAAAUGGCAUUUAGGUAAAUUCUAAAUGUGCAGUAAUCAAAUAUUUUUAACUUUAGCUAUGGGUCAAUUCUGCCCUGUGAUACUUGUCUUCAAUUCUCAGUGCAUUGACUUUAAAAGGAACUCGUGUGUGGGUAUCUGAGGGACCAGUGACUAGAUCCUCCUGUAGGAUUAAAAAUGAAUGUAUUGCAGAUUGGUAUAACUUUUUGAUCCAAAGAACAAUCAUUAUUGUAAGGUCCUCAGCGCCCCCCCGCCGUGUGUGUGUGUGUGUGUGUAUAGAUUUUACAGGCAUUCAGAAACUGGAAAAUAGUUCACCAGUCACUUAAAUAGAGCCAUCGCUGAAAGGAGGGAGACUUCCUUCAGAGUUAGGGAAUGUAAUCCCAGCCUCCUUUGUGCAAGUACAAGACAUCUGAGUGUAAAAUGGAAAAUGUGUAUACAGUAUAUAAAGGGAAAAAAUUUCCAUUUCACCAUUUUCCAACCAAAACUGCUUGAAAACAAAAGGAAUGAACAGUGUACAAAUAUAACUGCUCCUUGUUUCUGACAAAUAACAGUAGUUCUAAGAUGUGUUCCUAGAUCUGUAAGUAAUGACACAAUCUGCAAGUGAUGAAAUACAGCUGAAAAUGGAUUAUCUAAACACUACAGAUAAAUACAAAAAUUCUUCUAUCAUUACUUUGUUGUCUUUUGAAUUAUCCACUGCACAAAGGAUAAAGCAGGAGCCUUGGUGCAUAGCUUGAAACUGUGCCUGGAAAGUAAACAGCUCCCUGUUCUGGGACUUGCCUUAAACUUGUCCAGUUUUUGUUUUUGCUUUACCGUUAACAGCAACAAGUUUAUCCCACCUCAAGCAGUAUGAGAUGCUCAAGAAUCUCCCAUUGGUAAGUUUACAUUCACAGACUGAAAAUAUGCUUUCUUUUCUUAGUGAUUUGUUUCUCCAUUUCUGUGCAACUCUAUGUCGAAUCUUAAUUCUUAAUCGUACUGAUUCUUCAUCAUGUUUGUCCUAGUAUGUCAGUUUACUAAGGGAUCCAUUCAAUAUACCAUGGUCCAAUUAACAAAACUGUGCAAUACUUCAGAAGAUGUAUACAGUGCUUAGGGAGUAGGUAUGUAAUAUGGAGAAUUGCCAGAUGAACCCAUUCAGUAAAGCCACAGACACAUGAACAAAAAUACAUGUAUCAUGUAAAUGAGAGGGAAGGUUGGAAGUUGGACAAGAAUCUUCAAAUAUUCAGUUCAACAUCCUGCAUAAAUAUUGGAGAAAAUGUAUCUGGCUUUGUCAUGAGGCUUUUAGUAUGUAUAUUGUUUAAUAAAAUAUACUGAUGAAAAUCAGAAAAUAUCAUCAUUUAAAGCAGUUGAAACCUGUGACUUUGUGUGUGUGUGUGAAAUCAAGUUGACUUGGCUUUUCAAACCCUUGUUACACUGUAACUUUUUAAUGUAAAAAUAAAGUAAUGAAUAAGUCUUAAAGUUAA